AUGUUUUCCUGGGUAUGCACUUUGUACAUGUUGGAUUUGAAGACUAAGAUCAAGUUUAGGCUUGAUGGCGAAUUCUUCAUUGAAGGACUGAUCGAGGCUGGCAAGAUCCUCGAGAAGGUUCUGUGUCCCGCGUUGAAAGCCCUCGAUGUAGUAAUGGCCAUUGGGAUGGCAGCACUUCCCCCACCAGGACGAGCCAUCACAGGUGGAAUGGUGGCCGCUAUCCGAUCGGCAAAGGCGUACAAGUACGCCAAUGAAGCGCAAGACGCUGCGCAAGAAUGGGCCGACUUCUUCCUCAGUGGUGCGGACUUUGCGGGACAAGCAGAUUGUAGCCCGCUGGUACCAAGCCGGGACGACUUGAUCAAGAAGGCCUUUACUCCUCUGGUCGAUGCCCCGGACGAGCUUGUCCCGGACUUCUUCAACCUUCGCAACGUCUUCUCUUACCGCGUCUACGAUCUCCUCGCCGACAUCUUCCACAACUCCGCCUGCCACGUCAACAACGCUUAUCUGGCAGCGCUAGACAAAGAUGAAGUCGUAGAUGAAGCCGACCUUCUUUCACGAAGCUACCCAAUCGAUCUUAGGUAUGCUGGCCUCGAGAAGCGUGCGAAACCCAAGGAAGGAAGCGCUUGCGAUUACCCACUAGAAAGUUUCCGUUACCCGAGUAGUGAGGAGUGGGAAGCUGACAAGCCCAAAAAAUACGGGUUCAACAAACGCGAUUCAUGCGACGACUACAGUAUGGAUAAGCCAGAUGAGGGUGCCGGUAUCCAAUAUGAUACUGAGCACGUUCUAGAAUGGCAAACGGUUGUCCAGUUCUUUAAUACGAUGGGUAAAGAGAUCACGACCAAGUUCAAGAAUCCAGAUCCUCAGCAAAACAACAUGGUCGGCUUUUGUGAGUACUGGAGAGAAUCCUGGACUUGGAAAGACCAUCGAAUGAACGGACCUCCUGCCAGUCUGGCCAAUACCCCCAAUUCAAGUCCUAGUCCCAGUCCGAGCCCUAGUCUCAGUCCGAGCCCUAGCCCUAAUCUGAGUCCUACUCCGGGUUCAAGCCCUACGCCGGAUCCAGCUGUCAUGCAACGUAGUCCGAUUGGGUGGCUAGCAAGUGUAUACCCGUGGAAACAAGAUGGUGACCAAAUGUGGCUUGAUGAGAUGCCACUCUUGGAAAGUGAAAUCAACGCAAGAUACAAGGGACGGCUGUUCAUACAGACAUUGAAGAAAUCUGGCGAAUACGAAGAUAUCGUUGCCGAGAGAAAAAUGAAAGCGCUGAUCAAGGGGCGUGACAAAAAGCUCAAACUGAGUGUGAGCGACCAAUCACGCAGGGCGAUCCAGAAGAUGCGGCCGAUGAUCGGAGCUCUCAAGUACAUGCAACAAGACAGCAUCGCAGAAAUAUUCGCAAACCAGAAAAACAGGAUCGGAGCGAUGAUCGGAUACAUUGACCGAGAGCUACAGAAAACGCCCCGACGAUUUGCGGAUGCGACGAAGCCCAAAAGUCAAGAAUACGUGAUCGACGCGCUUCCGUGGCAAGAGCAAGGACUUGAGAAGAAAUGGGACGCGUACAUGGACAAUGUGUUUGCGGUGGCAAAGCAGAGAGCGACAGAUUUCAUGACAGUCAAUCUCGACCGUCUGAAAGACGAAUGGGAGUCCUCGAAGAAGACCGAAGUGCCCAAGAACUUCAAGGGUGAUGCUCAGGCGAAACGGAACGAGAAAAACAAGCUGGAAAAGACACAGAAAGAUAUGCUGGCUCUCAUCAAGAAGACACAUGAUGAAUGGGACAAGGUCAAAGACUGGGCAAUGCCGUGGAAAUCAAAGGAUGAGAAAGACAUGGAUGAUGAUGGCGCCGAUCAAUGA